AUCCAGUCUACAUAGUAAUAUGAAAUAACUCAAAAAUUCCCUGAGUGGAUCGUUAUCACCCCAAUGAUGGGGUUAUUUAGCAUUGAUGUUAAUUACGAAUAAUGGUUUUAUGUGAUAAAACCUUGCAUUAUCUCUGAUUUAACCUCCUCCUAUGUUGAAAUUGCCCUAGGAUGGUUUAAUGUCCACUGCAGGCUUCCAUAGUUGGCCAUGUGCUAAAGUACUACACAAUCUCCAAUUUGCCAGAGUGAAGAGAGAGUGAGCUGGGAGCUUCCAAAGAAUGCAAAUACCAUUCAGCAGGGAGAAGGUUAAGCAGAAACCCCAGACCAACACACAGAGGGGCGGUACAUAGCAUAUAAAAGUCGUCCCACCAUGAAUUAUCUUCAUUACCCUCGUUUGGACAGUUUCUGUUAUAUGAACAUCUUUCUGUAGGAAGUGUCUUCAAAAUGUCAAAUUAAAGGGAUGGAUCUGCUUAGGGCCAAAGCUCUGACUUUACCACCCAAACGUCAACACCUCCAGCACAUUCUACUUAUUUUUCAGGAGACAGAAAGUCACCAAAAUGAUGAGACCAUGAGCCUCAUUUACUACUGCCCCUACCACAACUGCAGGAGGACUAAGCGGUAAAAAAAUUGUGCCCCUUAGUACUCAUUCCCUCUGGACCUCGCACCAUAACGCACCACCCAGGGCCAAAGCCAAUCCACGUCUGGAUUUUUUCCCCAGUGGGACAGAGCAAUUGACGCAGGCCACAGUGAAAUUGGGAACACGAAUAAGGCAGCAGUGCUGCUAUACAGAAGUGCAUUUUGAAUCAAGGGCCUUUCAUGAUGUGGUUAUAAUACAGUAUAUAAUGGUUUCUGAUGAAAGUAUUCCUUUGUGCUCACAGGAUGACCAGACUCAUAGGUGCCUCAACUUAAGCAGACUCCAGCAACCCAAUCUGGAACAGAAAAGCCCUGAAUUAUUAGAAAAAUGAGUUCCUUUCACAUAGCAGCCACGCCCAUUGACAGGAAUCGAUCCAAUAGGACUGCGAGGGCGUGUCGAGCGCUGGUUCCAUGUGGCAGGGAUGUAGUGUAUCAUCUGCGGCGAUUACAAGCGAUUUCAUCAACUUUGUUCCGAAUGAGCCGAACCUGCUGCAGGACAUCACAUGGACCCGGCACCCAGCGUACACCAAGCCGACAGAGAUUCCGAUGCUGAUUUCCAUUGUCAGUCUGCAGUCGCCCAUGAUGCCUACACCCCAGCUCUUCUGCCUUCUCUUCCUAACAGAGUUAGGCCUCAUGUUCAAUUCUGCCUCCGGGUGCCUAGAAAGUGAAUUUGAAGAUGCCAAUGGAAACUGUGUACCAUGUUUUCAAUGUGGGCCAGGGCAGGAACUGUCUGAGGACUGUGGAAGUGAGAGGGAUCUUCGGUGUGUGCCUUGUAGACCUGGGAGGUACAAAGAAGAUAGAGGACACCAGAGGUGCCUUCGCUGUCUUCCCUGUCAUAUAAUCAAUCGGGUGCUGAAGGCUAACUGCACCCCCACCAUAAACUCUGUCUGUGGAGAGUGUCUGCCAGGGUUCUACAGUAAAACCCGGAUAGGUGGACUUCAGGAGCUGGAGUGUUUCCCAUGUACAGCCCACACUCCAUCCACAGAAUCUCAGUGUCACCCCAAAGUUGGGCCUUAUAAGCCAGUCAGCACACCUUCUCCUCACCGGGAUCCAGUAGUCCUUGUGGCUGUCAUUGCUACGGCUCUUUCACUUGUUGUUGUGGCACUGGUGACAUUUUCUGUCAUUUGCUGUGGGCAAUUCUUUAAAAGCCAGUGCCAAAGGGCAUUCCUAAGGUCCCAGGAUUUUGCUGGUCAGCCUAGAACAAUGGAGGAAAGACCAGUUACGCACGGGAAUAUGCACAGCCCUUGUGAGGAACGGCCAGUACCCCCCUGCUGCUUUGGUGCACCUGAGACCUGUAGACAAAUGCAAGGUCGUCUGGAAGAGAUACAUGCGGCUUCUGAUGGAGCUCCUUCAAGUACCCAUGGUCCAUGUAACAUAGUCAAUCCCAAACAGCCAUCUGUGGAACUUUGUGUGCUACCGCCUGACUCGGUGAAGCCUUACUAUGCACGAAGCGUGUCAGAAACGCAACCCCUGAUCCGUAACUCAGGCUGCAGCGACUGCUUCAAUAGCUGUGGCCCAAGCCAAGAGCCGCAGAACACGCCUGCUCUUUCCUGUGCUUCAGAGCAGCAGCACUGGUCUCACGCCCCGGUGGAAUGCACUGAGCUGGAUUUGCAGAACUUCUCGGAUUCUACAGGAAGUCCACACCAAUCAGAGCUCAGUGAGGGGGCUCUUCCGGCACCAGCUGCUCCAACAGUGCGAGCACAGGAGGAGCCAACCGCCAGACCCCAAUCAUAUCAAACCAUGGGCUGUGAAGAUCCUGUAUUGUAGCUGCGCCAGUGUUAUGCCAAAGAUUACCAUGUCACAUCUACUUGGCUCCCUUGUAAGCCUGAAUAUGGGACCUUACAUAAUCGGAAAUAAGGAUUCCGAGGCAUUGGAAUUGCACGGGGAACGCACUGAUGCCUUACCUUUAAUUUGCACUUCAUUUGGGCACAUUGAUGUGCUGUUAUUGCAGAUGGACCACCAGGCAUAGGGAACCUGAAUGCUGGAGGCAGAAUUGGUUCAUUGAUCUGCUUCCCUGGGAGCCUCUGGAAAGGGGGCAAGAAACCUUCAGUAGUGUUAUUGAUAAUUGUGUUAUUGAUUUAUUGUCUGCUGCACUAUUUUGACUGCCAAUGACUGGGAUGUUGUUUCAGAUUCCCAUUUACUGCUUAGCUCCUAUCUGCUGUAGUAAUGUCUAGGGAAACCUUAAAAGCAAUGGCACAUGGGGUUGCCAUUCAUUAUAGCCUGGUGGGGUGUUGUCAAAAUGCCCAGUAUUGCACCAGAACUGCCGCAUUUCCAUGUGAAAAUAGCCUUUCAGGUGCGUUUGAAAGCAGGCAGUGGGGUUGCAGUUUCAGGGCGUUUGGCGCCAACCCUGAGCAAAUAAAAAUCAUGGGUGCCAAUGUACUUAAAAUCACCCCACAUCAUGUGCUCCGGCUGUAGGGGCAGGAUAGGUGCUAAAGCCAUAGGAUAAAAAUAGAGCUGAGCCUCUUGCUGAAUGUUUAUAUUUUGUGCAUAUUGUACAGUGAACCGAUUUGAUCCUUUAGCAUUAUGUGACUAGUUCUGUGAUCAGUUUUGAAAUGUAGUUAAUACUGAAGCUUGAGUUUCCUGUUCCUUCAUAUCAGGGCUUUAUCCUGUGACAAAACCGCUUUGUAAAUGAACUUGAAAUUGUAGCUGUUCUCUUAUUUUAUGGAGGAUCUUAGUGAACAAGCAGAGCUUGGCCGAUCAAAUGUAAAUUAAAUAAGCAUUGUUAUUAACAGGUAAGUGCACCGGGAAGUUAUUGUGGUUUUUCUCAUUGGAAUGAAAUAACUUAGAAAUGGAUAGGCAAUCUUUCACAAAAUGACAGUUCUAUAAGCUGCAUAGAACUUGCUGGCCAGCAGGGGGCAGUCCAUGCUCAUUCAGGCCCAGCAGUGAGCAAUGCGACACACUCAGGGCAAAGAUGUGUUUCAGCAGUAUCAGUUCACCUAAUCUUUAAACACAGUAAGCAUAAUUCUAUACUAACUAUAACAUUUUUCAAGCUGGAUUUAUACCAGAAAAAUUGAUUUUAAAUCAUAUUUUCACCCUGUUGAGCUAUUUUAAAUGACCCCCUUUGCAGUGAAACCCCUAAAACCCAUAGUCACUAAUCUACAACUGAGGAUUCUGGUAGUUGUAGAUCUUAGAUGUCUUACUUGACUGUCCCCAUAAAUAUUUUAAACCUGUUAGUAUGAGAUAGUUGUCAUGGCUGCGCUGCGUUACUUUAAUCUCAAGGGCUAGAGGAAUCACAUUAUUCAGGUCAUAUAGUAUCCAAACACCAACCACCUAACCCAAUUCCAGUGAUAUCUAGCCCCAAAUUCCAAGGUACAAAUUAAGCCCUAAAUGACUUUUAUCUGAUUAGCAUGUGGUUUUUAACUGUAUUAAAAAAGGCAGAGUAGCAAAUGUACAGAAUACUCGAAUGUACUCUUAUGUAAUGAAAAUUCUUUUGUUUUUGUCGGGGUAUGCAAAAACAGUAAAAUAUUAAUAGCUCUAUAACUCAUACCAGCCAAUAAGCAGAUACAUUUUAUGUUAUACUGUAGUUAGAGCAGUAAAAGCAUACAUCUGAUUGGCUGUUAGGUAUUCCAGGGCUGUACUCUUAUUAAACCAUUACUACCCUAUCAGCAGAUAGUAUUUUAAUUACAAAGCCCAGCACCACUCAGGUGCUUAGCCAAUCAUGGCUUUUUGUUUAUCAGUAUGAAGGCUUUUUCUGUCCCAAAGUAUUAAAUGUUUAAAUAAUCACUACAAUUGCUACUAAUUGUGUAUCUGCCAGACAAUCUCUGUUGCUAAUUUCUGGGUUAUCAGGGUUAAUGGUGGAAUGGUACCUGUUAUGUAGAAUUAUUGAGUCCUGGAGUUUUUUAGAUAAGGGAUCAUACCAUAAUUUGGAUCUCCAUAUCUGAAGUCUACUAAAAAAUAAUUUAAACAUGAUUUAAACCCAAUAGGCUGGUUUUGCUUCCAAUAAGGAUUAAUUAUAUUGUAGUUGGGAUCAAGCAGGAACUGGUUUAUUAUUACAAAAGGAUAUCAUUUUUAAAAAUUAUUUGAUUACAAUUGAAUCUAUGGGAGACUGCCAUCCCAUAAUUUGGAGCUUUCUGGAUAACAGAUCCUGUAUAGGUUUCUGCUUUCAGGUACUUGUCCAUAGCAGGCACUAUGGGCAAUUGUAGGCCAGCUGUAAAAAUUACAGGAGCCAGUGCCUGUAAUCAUCCCACCCUGUGUUCUUGCCAUAAAGCCCUGUAUGUUAAAUAUAAAAUAAAAAAAAUGAGCUCUUUUACAAUAUACAUUAAUCAUGUGGGUUUUUUAAAAUAGUUUUCAAGAUGUUAGCCGUUUUUACACUUUUCAUAUAAUUAAUGAAUGAACGAAUAUCUUACAGAGUCUCUUGCUGGAUGUUUAUAUUUGUGCAUUUUAUAUAGAAAAUGUAAUUUGGUGUAUUGGCAUUACAUCUGAGCUGUGAAUCUUGAGUGAUGCAUAUAAGGCUUCUAUUUCUUCAUAUGGGUGAUACUGUAGCAAAGCCCAGCUCAUGGACUGUCUUUAGUGGGGCAUUUUGGGGAGAUUUCCGUACUGAGCAAAUGAAGACGUAACAUGAGAAAAAUCUGCUGAGGUUUCUGAUCUCUUUCCUCAGCAGAGCAAAAAAAGAGUUUCUCUUCUUUUUUUCUUCUGACGUGUUCUCCCAACUAUAGGUGGCACUGUUGUUACAAUUCAAUAUAUUAGCUGUUUAACAAUAUCUGAAAAACAAACCAAAAAAUUAUUGUUAACUGCAGAAGUGCUUAAAAGAGCACUCUGAGCGAUUCUACAUUCGUUUUUUUUGAACGUUUGCUUUUCCUUUAAAGGAGAACUAAACCCCCAUUAUUCAAAAAUUCCCAUCACCUUCCUUCCAUUGGCCCCCUCCCUGCUUUCCUCCUUCCAUAGUACCUUACUUGAAAAAGUGUCCAUGGAAUUAACGUUGGCAUAUUCAUGCAGAGUAGCGCACGGAGCUUGUGAGCACUAUCUUCAGUAUCUUAGGAUUCCUCGCAGAAGUGAGCACCAACACAGUUUUUUCGCACUUACAUAGUUGGGGCCAGUCUGGUAUUCAUGCCCAAUGCUCAUGCACUGGAAAGCUCCAAAGAUUGCUGAAGGAAAAGAAGAGGAUCCUAAGAUACUGAAGAUAGAAUUCAAGAGCUCAGCUGCACUACUCUGCAUCAAUAUGCCAAAGUUAAUUCCAUGGACACUUUUAAAAGUAAGGUACUAUGGAGGGAGAAAGCAGGGAUGGGGCCAAUGGAGGUAAGGGGAUGGGGGUUUUUCGAUUAACGGAGGUUUAGUUUUCCUUUAAGCUGCCCACAUAAUGCCAAGAAAUUGUCCUAUACUAAAUAGUCUUAAUAUAAAGAGAUGAUCAUUAACAUGAUGAAAUAUGAUCAUUCAUAUAAAAGGUUAGUCCUUAGAGAGGUCUUGCACAGAUGUCAGAUUUUCAUUAUAUAGAAACCUUGUACCACUGCCCAUACACAGAUAUUUUUAUAUAACUCAUGGGAAAAGAAUAUAAUUUUUCAACCUGCCCAAUCUCAAAAACAUCAUCAGUCGUCACUAAUGAUCCAAUCAUUCAGCUCUUGGGCCAGUGACUGCAUCAUUUUCAGUUGAUGCACAAUUUGAUUUACCCUAUCAAUGUUUUGAAUUUGAGUCACUUACUAAAGUUCACCAUUAGCUAAUCCUCAAACAUAUAUUGCUUGUUCCUGGUGGAGACUUCUGAUUGGGGAGCCUACUUUUCAGAAAAGUCUCAUCAAUUAAAGCUAGUCAUGUGGAUAUGGUCCUCUUCCAAUGGGUUUUCCUAGACCAUUAUUAUGCUCUGAUCAUUGGCCAGAACCAAUGUGGCUAAAUUUGGUGCUUCCUAAAUAGGGUAUGGUAUUUUUUAUUAAAGCAGCUUUCUUUCCCCGUUUUGCAAUUUAUUUCAACUAUUGAGAAAUUGUGGCUUUAAAAAACUUACCCUGUUUAGGAAGGACCAGGGUGAUGUCUGAAGUCUGCUCAAGGGGCAAAUAUUAAUUUACAUGAAAAUAAUGUUUUUUUUGUAUAGUCACAUAUGUGAAUCCAUUACCUCUCCUGCCCUUGAUUAUUGGGGACUUGAGUUUAGGUAACCCACCCCAUGAUGCAACAGAAGAGAACACUACACCAUGGAAGGACACUACUUAGGAUUUAAAUGGCAAGAGUCAUGCUAUACUAGAAGCACUGUGUAAAUAUAUACAAGGAUGUACAAUUUUCUGUUUUUCUUUUGUCUUUUUUCAUAUAUACUUUUAUAUGUCAAUAUGUUUUGUUUGUUUUUUUAAAUUUGCACAUUUACAUUUCAUGGGAAGAGUUAAAAGAUAUAAAAAUGAGCUUAGAGUAUUUUGUAAUUCAGGUUAUAUUAUUGGCAAAUGUCUCUCUUAACAUAACAGCUGUGCUUCAUUGCAGUGACUCGUAGCAGCCACUUUGAUUGAUUUGGGUAUUUCUUAUAUUUAGUGACAACUAUUUGUACAGUUUAUCAUUCACAUCAGGCCCUGCACAAGUGGAGUUUACAAUCUGAAGUCCCUAUCAUUCAGCAUAUACAGUACUUGAAUCAGUUUUAUCAGGAGCCAAUCAACCUGGCCAAUCAGCAGUUCACUUUGAUCAACUGCAUUUUGUUUGCUGAUAGGUUGCACUGUGUUACUGCGUUGAUGAGAAUGUGCUUGGAUCUUAUUAAAUUUGAGCUGCCAUGUUUUAAUAGGUACAUUUUAACUUUGUGUGCACUUCUGAGAUAAAGCAUAUCAUUAAGAACAUACAAUGAGUAUUCAGCUGGCAUGUAAUGUGUAUCUCUGGUUAGCUCUUACCAAUGAUAUUGAUACACAGGAUAAAGUGACCCGUGGAUGCUUUUUUUUUAUAUACAAUCCCAAUAAAAGAAGUUUUUUAUGA